UAGAGGAGUUGUGGGGGUGUGAUGCCACAACCUGCUUAUAAAGGGGCUUGCACAGUGUGUGGUUCUAAAUCACUGCAUAUCGCUUAAUUUUGUGGGUCAGACAGCACGCUCGCCCAGCCGCGUAGUCUGUACAGACAUGGAGCACUUGAACAUGGUGAAGAUGCUUCAGCUUGCUGAGACUCCUCUUUACUGGGUCGGUGCAGUCAUCACGGCCUCACUGGCGCUCUGGCUCCUCUACCACAUCAUCUCCGGCUUCAGGAUAUGGGUGCUUGGGAAUGGAAAUCUGCUGUCCCCUAAAUUGGGGAAAUGGGCAGUUGUAACGGGAGCCACAGAUGGAAUUGGGAAAUCCUAUGCGGAGGAGCUUGCUCGGCGAGGAUUCUCCAUAAUGCUCAUCAGUCGCUCACAGGAGAAGCUGGAUGAUGUUGCUAAGUCCCUUGAAAGUGUGUAUAAUGUGGAGACCAAGACCAUUGCUGUGGAUUUCAGUCAGCUUGACAUUUAUCCAAAGAUUGAUUCUGCACUUGCUGGGCUAGAAAUAGGAGUUCUUGUAAACAAUGUUGGUAUUUCCUACCCUUACCCGGAGUUCUUCUUGCACAUCCCUGACCUGGACAAUUUCAUCAACACAAUGAUCAAUGUCAACAUAACAUCAGUGUGUCAGAUGACUCGUCUGGUUUUGCCCAAAAUGGAAGCUAGAGCAAAAGGUGUGAUUCUCAACAUCUCCUCUGCUAGUGGCAUGUACCCAGUUCCACUACUCACGGUUUACUCUGCCUCCAAGGCUUUUGUUGACUUCUUCUCCCGUGGACUUCAAGCAGAGUACAAAUGCAAAGGGAUCAUCAUUCAGAGUGUGUUGCCUUUCUUCGUGGCCACCAAAAUGACAAGGAUCAGGAAACCCACCCUGGACAAGCCAACUCCUGAGCGUUAUGUAGCUGCUGAGCUAACAACUGUGGGGCUACAAGACCAGACUAAUGGUUAUUUUCCCCAUGCAGUCAUGGGAUGGUUGACUACUGUUCUAGUUCCAAUCAGACUCGUUAUUUACUUUGGCAUGCGCAUGAACAAGGCUCAGCGUGGUGGUUACCUCAGGAGGAGAAAACUGCGAUAGCUUGAUGUCUAAACAGACAUGACAAACCAUAUUUAAAGUGUCCCUUCUUUCCUGUUUGGUUAGUAUGGGUAUGACUGCCUGACUUUUUUUUGUAUCAGUGUUUUGAGUAGUACUGUGUCCAGGCUUCUGUAUAUGAGGCUUGUUUGAGGCAUAUUAUGUUCUUGUAAGAACUGCUGACCACAGAUGUCACACUGACGCAUGUUGAAUGAAGUAGUUCAAACUGGGCUUGUAAAUUGGUGGGUUUUUUUUUUUUGGGAAUGGGUGUGUAACUUAUAAUUAACAGGGUCUAGAGUGUUGCAUGGGUGCAUGGAGGGCUGUUUUCACUGCUGUUCUAGGCAGAUUGUAUUUUGAAUGGAGAUGGGUUUCCUAAGUUUGUGUAUAAAAGCUACAUGUGCACCUGAUUACUUGCUCACUGAUGCUAGUUCCCUGUUAUUUGUUUACAAUGAUUAAGAGUGAAAUUUAUACAUUGUCUUCCUUAACUGUUGAAUGAUCACAUGAGUAUUGGCCUUUAAGUUUUGUUUGGUUUUUUUUUUUUUUCACAUUUUUGUAGCAUUUAUGAAACUGGUGGUGGUUCUGGUGCUGUCUCAAAUAUCUGCAAUGGUGCUUGUGUGUGGGUUUUUUUUUUUAAUUAUAUUGAGCCACCUUGGACACAGUGUCAAUCUCUGAUCAUCCAGAAUGAUGUGCCUUACUGAAAAGUCCAGGAAUCUUCUAUCUGUUAAGAGAUCUCUACCAGCUGCUAUUCUGUCUCAAACAUGACAAGACAUUUAGUGACUUAUUUUAAACUUUCACCAGAGUGUACCAUGCCAGAUGAAUGGUGGGGUUCGUUUUUUUUUUGUUUUAAAAGGUCUCAAUAUGGGGGUCUUUAGCCUAGCUCUCCCUUUGACUUUUGUUGAACCCAAAGCCAGUCAAAUGAGUGCUCAGGUAUUUGACCCUUGCUGGUUGUAUCACAGGGAAAACUUGAAAUUUACAUUCCAAAACAUUUAGGCAUGGACUACAAUGUGUGCCUCUUUGUUCUACCAAAUUAUGCUUGUUUAAACUUGCAGCUUUUUUUUUUUUUUGAAUAAAGAUGUGAUUUUA